AUGUGUUGUGUGAAUCCAUGUUUUAAACUAUCAAUGGCUUCUGGAAAUGCCAAACCAAGCAAGCUGAUGCGAGCCAAGGUAGACUCGUUUGUGGCAGCACUUCUCAAGAAAGGAAUCAAACUGCUAGCCGUUGAUUUCGACAAGACGAUUAUAGACAUCCACUCUGGAGGCGUGUGGGAUGAAGGUGUGGACAAGCUGGCAAUGCAUGUGCGUCCAUGCAUGAGGGAUCUGAUGGAGACUGCGUCAAAUAAAGGCCUUUUUGUGGCCGUUGUGACUUAUCACAGGCAGAACUGGCUCAUCAAAGAAGUUCUGCAGAAAGUCCUGCCCAAAAAAAUUGCUAACAAGAUUUACAUCCAGGCAAACACAAUUGACUUUUUGCUGCGACAGCACUCAUCCAGCGGGAACACCGAUGAUGGAACAGCUCGAUCCAUGCUGCCAGACUUGAACGGCAAACAGGCCCACAUUGCAUCGGUCCUCAGCGACAUUUACAAAGACCACGGUGUGACCAUUAAGAAAGAGGAGAUCAUUCUUUUGGAUGAUGAUAUUAAUAAUGUUCGUAUUGCCAGCUCAUUUGGACACUAUGCUUUCCAGGUUCAGCAAAAUGUGGACUACUCAUCGUUUGACAGUUUUGAGACAAUGCUUUUGUUGUGA